UGUCACCGCCUCUGUUCUGUCGGCCAGCGACAAGGAGAUUGAUCAGCUGCGCAAGGAGCUGGCCGAUCGAGAGACAAAGCUCACCGAGGUCCAACUGCAAGCCCUCGCCUCCGCCCACCAGGUAGACCAACUGCGUGAUCAAAUGACC